GAUAGUCCCCGCCUGUCAGGACUGGUGUGAGGAUGAGAUAAUGCUUGUGAACUGUAAACUAUAUAAACGUCUGCUACUGUGAGAAUUGGACAAAGAAGAGAGGGAGUGAGAGAAAUUAAGGGCGGGCUAGGAGCCGGGAAAGAACGAAAAGGGAGUUGGGGAUAGGGGAGAGUGGACAGUCGCGAGCCACACUUUGCAAUGAAACUCUUUAGACUUUCUGCCGGGAGAGCGGCCCAGACGCAACAGGAGCAGGAGGCCGCGCCGAGGGCGGCUCCCCAGAAGCCUGCAGGUGAGUAUCGGUUCUACCCUUCCCGGCUUUCGGUCCGGAGGAGGCGGGAGCAGCUUCCCUGCUCUGAUCCUAUCGCGGGCGGCGCAGGGCCGGCUGGGCCUUCCGUGGGACGGGGAGGGGGGCGGGAUGUGUCACCCAAAUACCAGUAGGGACGGUCCGUGGCGGAACCAGCCGGGCAGGUCGGGCAGAGUAUAAGAGCCGGAGGGAGCGGCCGGGCGGCAGACGCCCGCAGACCAUCCCAGACGCCGGAGCCCGCGCCCCGCCGAGUCCCCGCGCCUCAUCCGCCCGUGUCCGGUCGGCGCUCCUCCGCCCCACCAUGGCUCGGGGCCCCGGCCUCGCGCCGCCACCACGGCGGCUCCCGCUGCUGCUGCUGCUGCUGGCGGCGGUGACCGGCCACACUGCCGCGCAGGACAACUGCACGUGUCCCACCAAUAAGAUGACCGUGUGCAGCCCCGACGGCCCCGGUGGCCGCUGCCAGUGCCGCGCGCUGGGCUCUGGCAUGGCGGUCGACUGUUCCACGCUGACCUCCAAGUGUCUGCUGCUCAAGGCGCGCAUGAGCGCCCCCAAGAACGCCCGCACGCUGGUGCGGCCGAAUGAGCACGCGCUCGUGGACAAUGAUGGCCUCUACGACCCCGACUGCGACCCAGAGGGCCGCUUCAAGGCGCGCCAGUGCAACCAGACGUCGGUAUGCUGGUGCGUGAACUCGGUGGGCGUGCGGCGCACCGACAAGGGCGACCUGAGCCUGCGCUGCGAUGAGCUGGUGCGCACCCACCACAUCCUCAUUGACCUGCGUCACCGCCCCACCGCCGGCGCCUUCAACCACUCCGACCUGGACGCCGAGCUGAGGCGGCUCUUCCGCGAGCGCUAUCGGCUGCACCCCAAGUUUGUGGCGGCCGUGCACUACGAGCAGCCCACCAUCCAGAUCGAGCUGCGGCAGAACACGUCGCAGAAGGCCGCAGGGGACGUGGACAUCGGUGAUGCAGCCUACUACUUCGAGAGGGACGUCAAGGGCGAGUCUCUAUUCCAGGGCCGCGGCGGCCUGGACUUGCGCGUGCGCGGAGAGCCCUUGCAGGUGGAGCGCACGCUCAUCUAUUACCUGGACGAGACUCCCCCGAAGUUCUCCAUGAAGCGCCUCACCGCCGGCCUCAUCGCCGUCAUCGUGGUGGUGGUGGUGGCCCUCGUCGCCGGCUUGGCCGUCCUGGUGAUCACUAACCGGAGAAAGUCGGGGAAGUACAAGAAGGUGGAGAUCAAGGAACUGGGGGAGUUGAGAAAGGAACCGAGUUUGUAGGUACCCGGCGGGGCAGGGGAUUGGGUGGGUUCCGGAUUUCGGUAUCGUCCCAGACCCAAGUGAGUCACACUUCCUGAUUCUCGGCGCAAAGGAGCCGUUUAUCCUUUCAAAUUCUUGCCUUCCCCCUCCCUUUUGCGCACACACCAGGUUUAAUAUAUCCUGGCCUCAGGGUCGCCUUUCUUUCUCACUUCUGUCUUGAAGGAAGCAUUUCUAAAAUGUAUCCCCUUUCGGUCUGGGGCAGUGAAGGAAGGGACGGCGCUGCGUUAUGUGUAAAAAACGAGUAUCUGUAUGACAACCCGGGAUCGUUUGCAGGUAACUGAAUCCAUUGUGACAUUGUGAAGGCUUAAAUGAGUUUAGAUGGGAAAUAGCGUUGUUGUCGCCUUGGGUUUAAAUAAUUUGAUGAGUUCCACUUGUAUCAUGGCCUACUCGAAGAGAAGAGGAGUUUGUUAAUUGGUCCUACGUAGUAGCCUCAUUAACCAUCGUUUGUAUUACUGACCACAUAUGCCUGUCACCGGGAAAGAAGCCUGUUUCGGCUGCCUGAACGCAGUUUAGAUGUCUUUGAGGACAGACACUGCCCGGAAACUCAGUCUAUUUAUUCUUCAGCUUGCCCUUACUACCACUGAUAUUGGUAAUGUUCUUUUUUGUAAAAUGUUUGUACAUAUGUUGUCUUUGAUAAUGUUGCUGUGAUUUUUUUUUUAAAAAAACAUGAAUUUAAUAAAA